ACUGCUUCGAAGCACUACCCACUAGAGUUCAACACAUUGAAAUAAUACCACAAAAAAGAAAAGGAAUCAAUAAGGGUAAAUACAUGCAUAAGAAAAACAAACGUUCGUAAUAAUUGAACUGCAAAAUAUGGAUUCGGGGAUCACAUUCUUCUGGUUCUUCUUCUUCUUCUAUACCGCUGUCGUAUUUAGUAGUGUCGCAUCCUAUAACAUCACCGCAGUUCUUGAAAGUUACCCGUCUUUCAGCACGUUCAACGACUACUUAAUCCGAACUGGGAUCGCGACAACCAUCAACUCCCACACGCCUCCUCCUGUCACUGUCUUAGCGGUGGACAAUGCUAACAUCUCCACAUCUCUUUCCGGUACGGCGCCAAAUGUUCUGAAAAAAAUCAUGAGCGCUCAUGUGAUUCUUGAUUACUUUGACGCUCCAAAGCUCCAGAGGUUGGGGAACAGGAGUGUGACGGUGGCAACGCUCUUCAACAGCCGCGGUGAAGCUUUGAAUAAUCAUCAGCAAGGCUACAUAAACAUCACGGGUUUUGGGUCAGGGAACGUUGGGUUCACAGCUGCUGCUCCUACUGCCUUAGGACAGUCCAGUCUAGUUACAUCUCUUGUUUCACAACCAUAUAAUUUCUCCUUGCUGCAGAUCAGCAACGUUAUAGUUCCUUCCGGCAUACAUAAUAACUCUGCAAAUUCCAGUUCCGGGCCUGUUAGUAGCCCAGUCAUGCCGCCCGCUUCAAGCCCAAAAACACCUCCUGCUGCGAGCCCAAGCAGAGCUCCAGGUGGCAGCCCAAGCAGAGCUCCAGACGCAAGCCCGGCAGAGCCUCCUGCGCCUAGCCCUGCCGGUGCAAGCCCAGCCAAGGCUCCUGCUGCAAGCCCAACUAGGCCCCCGGCUGAGAGCCCAACUAGGCCCCCGGCUGCAAGCCCAACUAGGCCCCCGGCUGCAAGCCCGACGAAGCCCCCCUCCGCACCUAGCCCAAGGAAGAUGAAAUCUCCAGCACCCGCUCCAUCAUCUACAGCGCCCACGCCAACGCCUGCUGCUGCUCCGAACACCCCGGCGGCGGGGAACGACGAAUCCAGUGCCACCACCACUCGACGGAUCCGUGGUUUUCUUGUAGCCGCCGCUACAGUCUCAUCAAAUCUAUUUCUCGUCUUCAUGGUUUGACACAAUCAAAUAGGCUUCUUUUCACACACCUACCCUAAUAAGUUCUGUUCCUUUGUUUCUAGAUGUUCAAAUGAUCUACUUCUUUUCUAGAAGCAGGUGAAAUUAUUUUGAAUGAAUUUGAUGCCUCAUAAAUUCCGAUCAUGCACAACUUCAUUUCUAAUGAAUGGUCGCAUUUUCCCUUUCCAAAUGAUCAAAGCGAUCGAUAUGUGAAAUCAAAUACUUAUUCAAAUAACAACUCAUUAU